GUCUCUUACACUAGGUCCUUUUUGGCAAGUGGAUGUGGAAGAAAAGUUUGCAGAACAGAAAUGGAGGUCAGAGCUUCCUUACAGAAGGUUAGUGGGUCAUCUGAUUCUGUGACUGCCCUGAACAGUGAAGAAUUUGUUUUGGUUCCUCAGCACGCAGAUGAUACUUCUCUAAAGGAUGAUGAAAAGCCUCAGCUGAAGAUAGUUUCUAAUGGUGAUGAACAAUUAGAAAAAGCCAUGGAAGAGAUUUUGAGGGACUCUGAAAAAGGACAAAGCAGUCUUGUUGAUUGUCAAAGUUCCACUGAGAUUUCAGACCAUUCAUUUGGAGAUGAUCCAGUCAGCCAAUCAAAUAAACCAUCUCUUCAGUUACUUUUGGAUCCAUCUACCACAGAAAUUUCUAAACCCAGAUCAUCUUCUCCAAGUGGACAACCUGAAGAAGAUAGUGUCUUAUUUAACAAGCUGAUCUAUUUAGGAUGUAUGAAGGUUUCUUCCCCACGUAAUGAAGUGGAGGCAUUAAGGGCAAUGGCAACCAUGAAGUCUUCCAGUCAGUACCCCUUCCCUGUUACUCUGUAUGUGCCAAAUGUUGCAGAAGGUUCUGUGAGAAUCAUAGACCAAUCCAGCAAUGUGGAGAUAGCAUCUUUUCCAAUCUAUAAGGUGUUAUUCUGUGCACGUGGACAUGAUGGGACCACAGAGAGCAAUUGCUUUGCAUUUACAGAGAGUUCUCAUGGUUCAGAAGAAUUUCAGAUACAUGUUUUCUCCUGUGAAAUUAAAGAGGCAGUAAGCAGAAUUUUAUAUAGUUUCUGUACAGCAUUCAAACGUUCUUCCAGACAAGUGUCUGAUGUUAAAGAUUCGAUUAUUCCUACCCCUGACAGUGAUGUAUUUACCUUCAGUGUCUCCUUGGAGGUAAAAGAAGAUGAUGGAAAAGGCAACUUUAGUCCUGUGCCUAAGGAUAGAGAUAAAUUUUAUUUCAAGUUAAAGCAAGGAGUGGAGAAGAAGGUUGUGAUUACAGUGCAGCAACUUUCUAACAAAGAAUUAGCUAUUGAAAGAUGUUUUGGAAUGUUAUUAAGCCCAGGUCGAAACGUGAAGAACAGUGACAUGCAUUUACUGGAUAUGGAAUCCAUGGGAAAGAGCUAUGAUGGGAGAGCUUAUGUUAUCACUGGCAUGUGGAACCCCAAUGCACCAAUAUUUCUGGCACUUAAUGAAGAAACUCCAAAAGAUAAACGAGUGUACAUGACUGUGGCAGUGGAUAUGGUAGUGACAGAGGUGGUGGAGCCUGUCCGCUUUCUUCUGGAGACGGUAGUUCGUGUGUAUCCUGCAAAUGAACGGUUUUGGUAUUUUAGCAGAAAGACUUUCACAGAGACUUUCUUCAUGAGAUUGAAACAGUCUGAGGGAAAAGGCCAUUCCAGUGCUGGAGAUGCAAUAUAUGAGGUGGUAAGUCUACAGAGAGAGUCUGACAAGGAGGAACCAGUCACGCCUACUAGUGGAGGUUGUCCAAUGUCACCCCAGGAGGAGGAAGCCGAAGAUGAGAGUGAUAAUGAACUCUCAAGUGGAACAGGUGAUGUGUCUAAGGAUUGUCCUGAGAAGAUCUUAUAUUCUUGGGGAGAAUUGCUGGGAAGAUGGCACAACAACCUUGGUGCACGGCCGAAAGGGCUGUCAACUCUGGUGAAGAGUGGUGUCCCUGAAGCAUUGAGAGCAGAGGUAUGGCAGUUAUUAGCAGGCUGCCAUGACAACCAGGCAAUGCUGGAUAGAUACCGAAUUCUCAUCACAAAGGACUCAGCCCAGGAGAGUGUUAUUACUCGAGAUAUUCAUCGUACAUUUCCUGCACAUGAUUACUUUAAAGACACUGGAGGAGAUGGUCAGGAAUCACUCUACAAGAUCUGCAAGGCCUACUCUGUGUACGAUGAAGACAUUGGGUAUUGUCAAGGACAGUCUUUUCUUGCUGCUGUAUUGCUUCUUCAUAUGCCAGAGGAACAAGCAUUCUGUGUUUUAGUGAAAAUCAUGUACGACUAUCAUUUGCGAGACCUCUACAAAAACAACUUUGAAGAUCUUCAUUGCAAAUUCUAUCAGUUGGAGAGACUAAUGCAGGAGCAGCUACCGGACCUGCACAGCCAUUUUUGUGAUCUGAACCUGGAAGCACAUAUGUAUGCAUCCCAGUGGUUUCUCACUCUGUUUACUGCCAAGUUCCCACUCUGCAUGGUGUUCCACAUCAUUGACUUACUGCUUUGUGAGGGUUUGAACAUAAUCUUUCAUGUAGCCUUGGCUCUCCUAAAGACCUCAAAGGAAGAUCUUCUGCAGGCUGAUUUUGAAGGUGCUCUGAAGUUCUUCAGAGUUCAGCUUCCAAAGAGAUAUAGGGCAGAGGAAAAUGCAAGAAGAUUGAUGGAGCAAGCUUGUAAUAUUAAGGUACCAACCAAGAAGCUGAAGAAAUAUGAGAAAGAAUAUCAGGCCAUGCGGGAGAGCCAGCUGCAGCAGGAAGACCCAAUGGACAGAUACAAGAGGGAGAACCGGAGGUUACAGGAAGCCAGCAUGAGGCUGGAACAGGAGAACGAUGACCUUGCCCAUGAGCUAGUAACCAGCAAGAUUGCUCUGCGCAAUGACUUGGACCAGGCCGAGGACAAGGCGGAUGUGUUGAAUAAGGAGCUCCUCUUGACCAAGCAGAGGCUGGUGGAGACUGAAGAGGAGAAGAGGAAGCAAGAGGAAGAGACUGCCCAGCUAAAAGAAGUCUUCAGGAAACAACUAGAAAAGGCAGAAUAUGAAAUAAAGAAGACCACAGCUAUCAUUGCUGAGUAUAAACAGAUCUGUUCCCAGUUAAGUACCAGGCUGGAAAAACAGCAAGCAGCCAGCAAGGAGGAACUGGAGGUGGUCAAGGGUAAAAUGAUGGCAUGCAAACAUUGCAGUGACAUUUUCAGCAAGGAGGGCGCUUUGAAACUAGCAGCCAUAAGCAGAGAGGACCAGGGAAUUGAAACAGAUGAUGAGAAGGACUCGCUAAAGAAGCAGCUGAGGGAGAUGGAGCUGGAACUGGCACAAACCAAACUGCAGUUGGUGGAGGCCAAGUGUAAAAUCCAGGAACUUGAACAUCAGAGAGGAGCCCUUAUGAAUGAAAUCCAAGCUGCAAAAAACUCUUGGUUUAGCAAAACCCUGAACUCCAUCAAAACGGCCACAGGCACCCAGCCCCUGCAGCCGCCCCAGGCCACCCAGCCGCCCAAGGAGAGCACAUAGUUCCGGCCUCACCCCAGCACAAGAGCACAACCAUCAAAGCAGCGGGAACCAGGGAGAGUUCUUCCUGGUGCCCCUUUGAAGGAAAGCAAAGGAGGCCAGAAAGCAAGCCAGAAUCUUUCAGUAGCUCUCACUCUUUCUCGUAUGACAUGUCUCAAAGGGAUGUUCUUUAAACCGACUUGAUUUAUGUUGAAUACCUGUUUUCCAGCUUUUUCAUGGAAGGCCAUGUUCAGAUCCAUCAUAGUAUUACACAUUAUUUUAUAUGCCUGAUGUUUAGUUGGAAAUAAGUAAUUCAGAACUAACACUUUUUAUUUAGAACUAAUUAUCCAUAAUUAUUUGUAUCUUGCAUAAAAAUGGAGACAUCUGUUAUUACAAGUUGAGGUGAUAGGAAGAUCUUUCACAGUAACAAAAAGUACGAAACUUAAACCUCAGGAUUUAUUCAAAUAAAGCACAUGGUAGGGCCAGUCAUGACGACAGUUGGGUUUCCUCCUAAGAGUGAUUCCCAGGGUAGAGGGAGCAUUCUGUUUAAAGGAAAGAACAGACAAGGGAUUGAACAGUCCCCAGAGAUAAUUGUCUGUUUUCGUUUUCGGUUGGGUACAUCUAGAAACACAGUGCCAAGAAAUAUGAAACGAGGCUACUGAGCACACACAGUAGGUAAAAGGAGUGGAGAUUCUGAUCAGUGCAAGGUGCAACUACUUUGACUCUGGCAUUCUAAUAGAUCUUUCUGAAAACUCCGGAUGAGACUUGGAGGUUCCUAAGUGUGACCACAGAUAAGACUUCUGGCAGUUGUAAAAUGAGAGGUGGAUAUUUCAAGUUGUAGAUUUAGGAAACCUUCAUCAGAGAAACGAGAAAGGCCCAGGUUCAGCUGUUGUGCUUAGAGUGGAAUACAGAACCAUCGACCAAGUAUUUCAUUUAACUUUGGCCUAUACUUGGCUAAAGGAACACUACUAUACUGUAACCAUGUUGACAAAAGGGAAGUUGAAGCCAGCCUCCUAUCACCUUUGUUUAACGUUAGGCGACUCAUCCUGAUUUCUGCAGCUCCCUAAAAAUGUGCUCUUGAUAACCUAGAUGAACGGAAACAAGUACAUUUGUAACAUUUUUCAUUGAAUUUAAGAUCUUUAUAGAAAUACUUAUCUCAUGGAAAGGUAGAGCUAUUGUUUUAAAGUUAGUGGAAAUAUUUUUUUCAAUUAUAUUUAACAUGCCUGUAUAAAUAGCCCCUGGAAGAAAUUCUUGGAUGAAAGCAAAACUAGUUUUCUCAUUUUCUAAGCUAUUUUGGAAGCCUCUGGCCCUUUCACAUCAACCCAACUACUGUCCACUGUAUACAGUAACAUUUACCAACAUUCAGCCUUGGCUCUAUCAUGGAAUGUGUUGUUAGCAAAAGAUCUUAAACAUCCAUAGUGCCAGAAUGAGUCCCAUCUGUGCCAUAUGUUGCAUUUAAUACCAACACUCUCUUAGAAGCAAGAAUCAAGGAGGAGCCCUGGAAGGGUGCACAGCAAGUUGUCCAUGGGAGAUCCUCUUCUCAAAAGUAAACUUCAAGUUCUAGAAAGCAAAAUCCUCUCAUCUGUAAAUGUUUACAUAAUCUAUUGAAUACAAUCCAUAAAGCUGAUAUGAUUGGUUUUUAUCCAUUACACUCAUGUAAUAAUACUUUUACAGAAAUCUUUUUUUUUUUCUUUUGGAGAAGUUUUUGCUAUAGGGCAUGUGUGCUCACCAGAAAGACAGAGAGAGAGAGAGAGAGAGAGAGAGAAAGCAAGAAAUCACCCCCCAGGGAGGUU